AUGCAGCAUUCACGUCCGCCUCAGUUUCUCCCGCCUUGUUUGUCCUUCAAGAAGCACAGGUCUAGCAUCGACUCGUCACGCUAUACGAUAGACCUCAUACUGCCGAAACCAAUCGCGGCGCCCGUCUGGGCAUCUCUUCCAACACCUCCCAUGUCCGGGUCUCCCCCACCGGAGCCGCCUAGUGAACCACCACAGAUUGCUGGCCGACGACGGAAGCGGUCUCAUACUCCCCCGACAACUAGUGCUGCCACAGCUGCGCCGUCGCCUCCGACACCUGUCGAGCAGACCGCUCCCAGACUCAGUGCGCAAACUCGAACCGGCGAGACUAUAGCGGAAUUGCCGCUUCCGCCUAGCUCUUACAUAGCGAAUUACCCAAUUCCAGCCUCAUAUGCUGCUGGGUCAAGUUACGCCACGUCAACGCCAUCAAGCUUGAGCGAAUCUACUCGAUAUUUACUCAGCCCCGUGUCACCACGCACCGCCCGAAAGCCAAAAGCCCAUGUCGCCUCAGCGUGUGUCAAUUGCAAAAAGAAGCAUUUGAGAUGUGACAACAAUCGACCGUGCCGAAGAUGCGUGCAGAGCGGUAAAGAGGCAUCAUGUCACGACGUUGAGCACAAGAAGAGAGGACGUCCGCCGUUGAAGCCAGAAGAUCCUUCGACGAGACGCACGUUCGACAGUGCCGUCACUCCGAUGAGCUCUCAUUUUGUAGGACCACCCCGAUCGUUAGCAGGCCCAGACCUAUCGUCUUUCGGACCGCCCCCGGGAGCUGUAAGCAGAUACCCUCCACUGCGACCGCAGGAUCCAACAAGAAACCCACCGAUGAGAGGCUCGUUUCAUCAACCCAUGUAUGCGCAGCCCUCUGUGUCUUUUAGCCCGGCGACGGCGACCGGGACUUUUACUUCGCCAACUCGAUCAUAUUCGCAGCCGGGACCAGCAGGAAUUCCCACCCAACAAGCACCGCCGUCGUAUGCCUCGCCUCACUCUGAAUCGCCUCACCGGUCGAUUGCCCCGUAUGGCGGGUACAACUAUCCUCCUAUGGCGGGACAUUUUGGAGGAUCUGGCCAGACCACGUAUUCCAACCCUAUUUUCCCACGGCCUGCCAUACAUGGGCCAAUGCCUGGCGAAACACUACCGCCAUUCGUUGGGCCUUCUAGUCUUCAGCUUCCGCCGAUACGUCCGCCUGCUCCUUCUUUGGGACCAAUUGAUCCUGCGAUAACACAGGCGUCUCGUUCGACUCAUCAGGCACCUCGGCAGUUUGCUGAAGGAGCCCAGGACGAGGGAACCCAAGAGCCUGACCCCAAACGACCAAAAAUGGACAUCCAAGGCAUUCUGGGACCUAAACACGACUGA